GAAUGCACGUCUACGGUUUGGCAUCUUGUUGCUCGUCCUCCACUACGCACUAUUUGGCGUUCUCACUUGGCAACGGAGCCUUCACUUGCUACCGCUAGCUGCUCAGGACCCACGGACAACUGUCGGGGCCCCGGGUGGAUUGACAACUACAGACAACACGUAUGUUUUCUCCAGCCCAUGGCUGAAGACAUGAAUACGUUGAAUGAAAUGUAAACGCGGUGAAAGGACAAUUGAUGUGAUCACACAACUGGAAGGAAUCUGUCUCAUGAGAAGAACACGGGAAGGUUUUCUUUCUCAUUUUAUCUUGAUGAAGAAGAAGGGGGCUAGUCGUAGCCAGGAGAAUUAGCUCACAUUUGCGCCACAGUCUGGAAUAUUAAACGUGAGUCAUUUCCCUUCUUCGUGUCACAGAAAACAGAGACUAUGAAGACUCUUAUGUAACCGUGAUCGGUCGGAUGUGGAUCCAUUCGGAUGAGUAACCAGUUCGCAGGUGUGUUAGUUCCUCUAGAAGAAAAGCAAAACUCGACUUGACUAGAAGGUUAGAGGCAGAGCAGCAUGUUGGAGGAGGACAUGGAGGUGGCCAUCAAGGUGGUGGUGGUGGGGAACGGAGCGGUGGGCAAGUCCAGCAUGAUCCAGCGCUACUGCAAGGGGGUCUUCACCAAGGACUACAAGAAGACCAUCGGGGUGGACUUCCUGGAAAGACAGAUCAUCGUGAACGACGAAGAGGUGAGGCUGAUGCUCUGGGACACGGCCGGCCAGGAGGAGUUUGACGCCAUCACCAAGGCGUACUACCGUGGUGCUCAGGCGUGCGUGCUGGUGUUUUCCACCACCGACCGGGAGUCCUACCAGGCCGUCAGCAGCUGGAGGGAGAAGGUGGAGGUGGAGGUGGGGGACAUCCCCACCGUCCUGGUCCAGAACAAGAUUGACCUUCUGGACGAUACGGUCAUCAAAAACGAAGAGGCAGAGGGUCUGGCCAAGAGGUUGAAGCUGAGGUUCUACCGAGCGUCAGUGAAAGAGGACCUCAACGUCAACGAGGUUUUUAAAUACUUGGCCGAGAAGUACAUCCAGCGGCUGAAACAGCAGACCGCCGAGGAGCCAGAGGUCGUUCACACCACGAGCAAUAAAAUAGGUGUGUUCAAUACCACUGGUACGAACGUCAGCAACCAGAGCUCCAGUAACGGCCACGAAGUCAUUAGUUUACGACCCAACAAACAAAGAACCAAGAAGACAAAAAAUCCCUUUGGGAGCUGCAGUUUACUCUAGAAUCUACCCGGAAAGCUUGGUGCCUACCUUGGAGAAUGCUAUUUAAUAGCCCUGAUGGAUCACUGCUGUUGGCUGAUUGGGAGGCCAUAAUCAGAGACCAAAGCGAAGGGAGGGUAAUGGUUUUUAUUUUACUUUUUUUCUAAUUUUCCCAUUUAUUUUCUAAGCACAACACCUUUUUCAAUCAGAUUUCGAUCGGCCUUUCCUACCGUCCAAAAAUGCAACAAUUCAAAAUAAAGUCAAAUGUCAAUUAUAGUUACCGAUAUUUCUCUAUAUAUUUGUGCUAUUUUCAUUUGAAAAAAUGUUAAUACCUUAGAUAUCAUCAAUUCCGUUAUCAAAAUUAGCAAACGUUAAUUCGUCAUUUUUUGUAAAUUAAUAUCUAGCAUUGUGGAUUCAAAUAAGCCGUCUAAACUAUGACUAUUUCUGAACGGGUUCGGUUGUGUCUCUCUGUGGAUCAUGAAUGACAUGAAUGAGUGUUUGACAAACUGAAUUGGAAUGCAAUGGUCUGUGAAUUUGAAUAUGAACUGCAGAAGGGUGACAUGUUUAUUGGAAAACAUGUGUAUCACGAAAAACGUGUAAAUGUAAGUCGAUUUUUUUUCCAUUCCACUAUUUUGGAAAUGUACACCUGUGCAAUAUGUUUGUAUUGUAAGGGAUUAAACCGCAGAUUAUUUUGUACCAUAUUUUUCUAACGCUCUACGGAAUAUGGUUCAAUAUACACUGUUCACGUCACAAUCAUAACACUAACAAUUACAAUGGGGGAGAUUUAGUUGUGUAAAAGGUAUUUUUAUAACAACCAGUGUUUCGUGAUGCACAGGUGUUGCCUAACACCAUAAUCAUAGUGCCAAACCACGUUUCACCGUCAGGGUAGUGUUGAAAUGUUCUAAAGCUGCAGCAGAUAUUUUAAUGUCUUUUAAUGGUUAACCAAAUAUUGGCACAAAAGCAAAGAAAAAGAUAUAGCUGUGUCUUAUAACACUUGUUGACAGUUGAAGUACGGUUGAUAAGGUCAACCUAAUGCUAGAUGUUUAUGUGAAUUAUACGUCUUCGCACUAAAUUAUGUUAUUUUUAAUCUAGUCAAAAAUAGUAAUAAAUGUUUACAUUUUCCAUACUGCUACAUCUAAGCGGGCUUUACUCUGGUACUGCUUCAAGUAAUACAUUAUGUAGUCACACACAAUAGUAGGCAGUAUUAUUUGCCUUGUAUGCCUGUGGCCUAUCAAACACAAACUAACGAAACAGGACUUUACAUCUUUUAGAAUGUUUUGUAAAAUUAUUUUCUCAUGGUUACCAGACUGGGUGGUGUCAAAUAGAGUGAAAUGCCACUUAUCUGGUUGUUUGAGCCAGAGUGAGAUCUGAGAUCUAACGGCUUAUACGAGGGGGUAGACUUAAGUUGCGUGCUAGACUACAGGCUUGUUUGGAUAGGUUUUGAAUUCCAUGCACAUUUCAUGUGUUCUUUAUAGUACAGUGAAUGAUGUUAUUUCCCAGUUCGACCUAAAAUCGUUCAGGUAAAACUAGCCUAAUAUGUCGUCAUGCGAAAAACGUUUGAAUGCAAAAAGAUAGAAAAUAAAUAAAUGCACAUAAGACAUUGCUGAAUUAUUUUAAAGAAUGUGCUGAAAAUAUUUCUGAGUAUUUUCAAAUGUAUUUUUCAUAGUUUUACUUUUUUCUCUCCCCUGAUACGUCAGACUCGGAAACAAAUACAAUGUGAUUCCUACUAGUUUGUUUCAUUUCACACUGAACACCAUUAACUGUGUAAAGUGUGGGAAAUAUAUUGUCUUCAAAUGUGUGUCUUUACUUUAAUACCAAGAUGUAGUUAUGAUUGAAUAAUCUUAUCCUUUCACUGCAUUCUGACCAACCUGUACUAGGGGGCUCUGUAGAACCAACUCUUUUUCAUUGAUACAAUUGAAUGAUGACCCUGAAUGCCUGAAUGCCUUGUUCUCAUUGACAUUACUCAGUACCUUUUAAUGCAUCUUUAGUUUCAAAUACCUGCCUGCACAUUCAUUUUUAAUAUAAAUUAGAUUUAAUUUGUUUUUUCCCCUCUUCUUUGUAUCAAUCCAUAUACUUUGGCGGUUUCGUUUUGGACUGAAUGGAUUUUAGUGCACUUUAUUAACAAGAUGAUGUCCAGAUUAUACAUUUUUAACAUAACCAUUACUUGUGUGCUGUCACUCAGGUGUUGUAAAAAAAAAAAGGUUUUGUCUUCUUGCUAUUGUUCUAUUCCACUGAUGCCUUCAUACGUAAGCUGUACGAAUUCAUUCUUCUUUUCUUUUAGAAAAACAUUAGCUUAGUGUAUUUUUAUUGAUUUAGUUAUGUAAAUGUAUCUUAAGAGGUUGAAGGUGUAUGUGGCACACAUGUAUACACUUGAUUGCGUUCGAUUUGAAAAUGUGUUGAUAUUUGAUCGUAAUUUCACCAAAAUAAAGUCUUACAUUUGGCUACUGCA